AAUUUCCAUUGUCGACAACAACCACUUCAUCCAGCACAUUCUUAACAUGAACUUCGUUGCCCUGAUCGCUGUCACCGUCGCCGUUCUCGUUGGAUCCACUAACGCCGCAGCGUGCACGGCAAAACAACAAACUGCUGCUUACAAUACACUCGUGAGCCUUCUAUCCGAAGCCUCAUUCUCCACGUGCUCCAAGGAUUCGGGCUACUCGAUGAUCACGUCCAAAACGCUACCACGGCCCAAGGAGAAGAAGGCCAUGUGCAAGUCCUCCUCUUGCAAGUCCAUGAUCAAGAAGAUCAUCGCUCUCAACCCACCGAACUGCACACUAACUGUUCCCACGAGCGGCCUUAAGACCAACGUCUACAAAAUGGCGCACGAUUUCUCUUCUGACUGUAAGAGGCUUUAAGCUCGGCAUGUCUGCAAUCCCAUAAUAACCAUGAAUCUCUUCUACUAUUGUGAGCU